AUGGAAGAGGAUACAGAUUUCAGAAUCAGAUUUAGUUCUUUGUGUUUUAUAACUGAUCAUGUUGGUUUUCGUGGCAACAUAAAAAGCUCACCAAGUGACUUCAUUGUUAUUGAGAUUGAUGAACAGGGAGAGUUAGUUAAUAAAGCCAGUGACAAACCUGUUUACAAGAUUACUAAAGUACUACCUGAGCCAAAUAAUUUGGCUAAAAAAGCAAAACUAGAUCUUCAGAUUUUAUCUUUUGAAGAGACAAGCAAUCAAGAAGUCAGUACUUCGGCUGGUAGCUCCAGUGAUGACCACAAUUUUGUGCCAUGUUCAGAAAAGGAAGAUACUAUCAAAGAUAGAACUUACAAAGGUGAAGAAGAAAGUGUUGACGUAUUAGGCUCCUUGUUAGAUGAAAAAACUAAUGAAUUACUGAAUCAGUUUGCCUGUGAUAUAAAAGAGAAGUGGGACUCCAAAACUGAGCUAACUGGACCAUCUCCUGAAUUCUCAUUAGGCAGAAUCCUUGAUAAGAACCAGAGGGCUACCUUGCAUAGUGCUAUUAGGCAGAAAUUUCCUUUUUUAAAAACUGUAGGAAAAAACUGUGAAAUUGUUGUAAGGCCAAAUCUUGAGUAUAAGGAACUUUGUCACUUGGUAUCCGAAGAGGAAGCAUUUGACUUUUUUAAAUAUUUGGAUGCAAAGAAAGAAAAUUCCAAAUUUACCUUUAAACCUGAUACAAACAAAGAACACAGAAAAGCUAUCCACCAUUUUGUCAACAAGAAGUUUGGAAAUCUUGUGGAGACCAAAUCCUUUCCUGAACUGAGUGACAGUGCUGAUAACCCAAAUGUGGUGAUAACUGUAAGAUUUCGGGUCAAAGCACACAAGCACUGGAAGAGGUCUCUUCUUGAAUGCCAGGGAAGAAAAGAUACAUACACAGCUUUUACCCUACGAAAAGAAAAUCUAGAAAUGUUUGAAGCAGUUGGUUUUUUAGCUGUCAAACUUGGUGUGAUUCCUUCGGAUUUUAGUUAUGCAGGACUUAAAGACAAGAAAGCCAUCACUUAUCAAGCGAUGGUGGUUAGAAAAGUGACACCAGAGAGGUUGAAAAAUAUUGAAAAAGAAGUUGAAAAGAAAAGAAUGAAUGUGUUUAACAUUCGGCCUGUAGAGGAUUCCCUUAGACUUGGUCAGCUCAAAGGAAAUCACUUUGAUAUUGUCAUCAGAAAUUUAAAAAAUCAAAUAAAUGAUUCUGCAAACCUAAGAGAGAGAAUUUUGGAGGCAAUAGAAAAUGUUAAGAAUAAAGGGUUUGUGAAUUACUAUGGACCACAGAGAUUUGGGAUGGGAAGGAAAGUUCACACAGACCAAAUUGGAUUGGCUUUGCUGAAGAGUGAAACGGUGAAGGCUGUAAAAUUGUUUUUUACACCAGAAGAUUUGGAUGAUCCUGUAAAUAGAGCAAAGAAAUAUUUUCUUCAGACUGAGGAUGCUAAAGGCACACUUUCCCUGAUGCCCGAAUUCAAAGUUCGGGAGAGAGCACUGUUAGACUCACUGCAUCGCUUUGGCAUGACAGAGGAGGGCUGCAUCCAGGCGUGGUUCUCCUUCCCCCAUUCUAUGCGCAUAUUCUACGUUCAUGCAUACAGCAGCAAAAUCUGGAAUGAGGCAGUAUCUUACAGACUUGCAACUUAUGGCUCAAGAGUUGUGGAGGGUGACUUGGUCUGUUUGGAUGAAGAUGCUGACAAUGAGCAAUUACCAAGUAGUAAAGUUCAUCUAGUAACUGAAGAAGAGGAAUCAGCUAACACAUAUGCAAUACAUCAGGUGGUUCUUCCAGUGCUUGGAUACAAUAUUCAGUACCCUAAAAACAAAGUAGGGCAGUGGUACCAGGAAAUACUCAGCAGAGAUGGACUACAGACAUGUAAAUUUAAAAUACCUACCCUGAAACUAAAUGUUCCAGGAUGCUAUAGAAAGAUUUUGAAACAUCCCUGUAAUCUCUCAUACCAAUUGAUGGAAGACCAUGGUAUUGAUGUCAAGAAGGAAGGUUCCCACAUCGAUGAAGCAACUUUAUCCCUUUUGAUCUCUUUUGAUCUUGACGCUUCAUGUUAUGCUACAGUUUGUCUGAGGGAAAUAAUGAAGCAUGACUUUUAA